AUGACAUUUGACAGACAUCGGCACCCGGCCCGGAAAUGUGCUGAAACUUUUAAACAGAGUAAACACUGGGUGUUAUCUUCUGAUAUUCUUGUACAUUAUGAUGUCAAUAAGCCACUAGUGCUUACAUGUGAUGCAAGCCCUCGAGGCGUGGGGGCGGUGUUGUCCCAUUUGAUUGAUGGCGAAGAGAGGCCUAUUGCUUUCGCCUCUAAAACUCUAAGUCAAAGUGAGAAAAAUUAUUCUCAGCUUCAUAGGGAAGCUCUAGCAUUAGUAUUUGGUGCUAAGAAAUUUCAUAAGUAUAUUUACGGGAGAAAACAUGUCAUAUUACAGAGUGACCACCAGCCGUUGGCUACUAUCUUUGGCUCAAAGCGAGGAACUCCAAGCCUAGCCGCAGCGCGCCUACAGAGAUGGGCCCUGAUUUUGGCUUCGUAUGACUUCGAAGUGAGAUAUCGCAAGGCGUCUGAUGUGCCACAUGCCGAUGCCUUAUCCCGGUUGCCGUUACCGGCAAGUGAUUCACUGGAACUGGAAAACAACUUUAUCUCGCACACUCAGGAAUGCGUGGAGGUACUAAACUGCUUCAGCACGGUGAGUACCGAAUCACCUAUCACUUCUAAGGAAAUUGCUAAAUUCACUGGUACUGAUCCUAUAUUAUCUAAAGUAAGAGAUUAUGUUUGGCACGGCUGGCAUGGCGCUGUGGAUAAAGAGUUAUUGCCUUAUGUAAAAAGGAAAGAUGAACUUUCUGUGGAUAGUAAUUGUCUUCUGUGGGGGGCCCGUGUGGUCAUUCCGACAAAAUUGAGGAAUCAAGUUUUAGAAUUGCUUCAUGAUCAACAUCCAGGCAUUACACGGAUGAAGCUGUUAUCACGUAGCUAUGUGUGGUGGCCCGGUAUAGAACAAGGUAUUGAAGAAACAGUGUCUUCUUGUUAUAUUUGUCAGUGUACGAGGAAUGCAGCUCCAAAAGUCCCUCUCCAACAGUGGCCCCGUGUGUAUGGCAGAUGGCAACGGGUGCACAUAGAUUUCGCUGAAGAUACUAAUUCUAGGCAACAAAUGUUAGUACUAGUAGACAGUUUUUCCAAGUGGAUCGAGGUGUUUGUUAUGAAAUCUACUAGUUCUCUCAAGACCAUUGAGCGUCUCCGUUCACUUUUUGCAUCGUAUGGGCUUCCAGACACUCUAGUAUCUGAUAAUGGCCCUUCUUUUACAAGUUUUGAGUUCAAAGAAUUCUUAAAGAAGAAUGGAGUAAGGUUUGUCUUAUCACCUCCUUAUCAUCCUGCGUCAAAUGGUGCGGCCGAGCGGUGCGUUCAAGAAGUGAAGAAGAACCUGUUGAGACAGGUGUUGAGUGAAGGUGGUACUGGUUCUCUGACUUUGCAACAUUAA